AUGCACAUUCUUUAUCAGAGUAGAUUUGAUGCUCAAAAGGCUCUGAGCAAGAAUGGAAUGCAACUAAAUGGAGCUUUAAUCAUCGGAGUGAAACCAGUGGAUCCAAUGCAACGUCAAGCUCUUACUGAUAGACUAAACAAUCAUGGCGGAUUCAUGCCAUUGCCACCACCAACAACCGCCAGAACAUCAGAGACCUCCGCCUUCAAAUCUUCUACUCGUUCUUCCUAUCUUCAAAAUGGUAAUGCUAACACCUCUCAAUCUGGUGGAACCAUGGCCUCCCCUUCAAAGUCACUCGUCUACAAAGUUAUGGAUUUGAUGUUUGGGUUGUAGUAGUUUGCUCCAUGGAAAUGGUAAAUCAUGGAUUUUUUUUUUCUUUAAUAUAUAUUGUAAGGUUGAAUGAGAGCCUAAUGUUCGGAUUUUGUUUGUUUUUAUGUUUUUUGUGGUAAUUAAAGAUUCAAAAUUGAUUGAUGGUUUAUGAUGUGGACUUUUUAUGUUGUUUAUAACGAGUUUUGGAAUGAAAAUGAUUGUGAUAA